UCAUCACACCGCGACCGACAGGCAGGGAAAAAGUCAGGGGCUCAGCGCUACCCGGGCAGAUCUGAUCUUGUGUCCGUGGUCAUGAUGACGAAGCUCCUGCAGUGGCUCUUGAUCCUGGCUCUGUUGGGUGCUGCCUGGGCAGCUCUCGCCCUGAACCUUGGGGGGAUCAAGCCGUUGCCCCCACCCUGGGAUCAAGUGGUCUGGCCGCUGCCCACCUACCUGCUGGUGGCCUUCGGCUGCUACUCACUGGGCGUCGUCGGCUAUCGCGUGGCCACUUUUAACGACUGCGAGGAGGCCUCCCGGGAGCUCCAGGCCCAGAUCCGAGAAGCCCGAGCCGACCUCGCGCGCCGCGGCCUGAUGUUCUGAUCUUGCGUCCAAAAGGACUGGAUGCUCUGCCCCGAUGGAAGGAAAAUCUAUCUGGACCAAAAGAACAUAUUCGGGGAAGCGUUGCUUUGCGCUGUUGUGGGGGAAAGGCGUUUUUUAAAUCAAAUAAACCGAUUG